UUGCGACACGAGCCUUCUUUGCCGAGUCCUACUCGGCUGGCCUCGAGCCUUCUUCCGCCAUACCUACCUACCUACCUAUUUACCUAUCUGCUAUCUAGGUUGCCCAGCAUGCGCGGUCUUCCAGCAGCCGUGCUCUUGCUGGUGACAGCACUGGACCUAACGGCGGCAUCUUCUCUCGAGCUCUCUUCUGCUGAGCUCCACAUUGUUGAGGACCGUCUAGCUGUACCAGUUUCCGAAUCUCCUCCAUUGGAACCAACUCUUCAGGAACCGGCUGAGGAUUAUGAUGAAACCCUCAUCCCCUUCGAGGUGCUAAGCGAGCUGGAGCUGCUGAGAAUGCAGCUGGCCGAGCUUCAGGAUGAGAUUUUCAUGAGGGAAAUGUACCUCGAGGAGAUAUUUCCUGUUGUGGCAGUGUCUAGUGACUGCAGUGGCCUAAAGUGCGCUCUGAAAUCGAUCUGGAGAAAAGCUAGCGACGCCGCCGCCUCCCUCUACGGAGGCGACGAUGAGGACGAGGCUUUCUAUGGCGGACAUUGGGGAAGGUGGCCGCAUUUUAGACACCCCAAGCAUCCCCAUUGCCCAAAGUUCCCACAUCACGGCAACCACACGCAUGGCAAUCACACCUUUCCCCAUCCUCCUUGGUGGCACCCCCAUCACGGAAACCACACGCAUGGCAACCAUACCUUCCCACAUCCUCCCUGGUGGCACCCUCAUCAUGGAAACCACACUCACGGCAACCACACUCACAGCAACCACACUCACGGCAACCAUACGUUCCCGCAUCCCCCCUGGCGCCGGCCCCACCAUCCUCCUCCGUUCGGUCGCCACCCACCUCCUUUCUGCAGAUGCGAUCCUCCGCCGCACCGUCGUCCCGGCAAACACCCCGGUGACGGGCCGCACAGAGAUUGGCCCCCACAUCGCCGCCCCGGCCAUCCUGGCGACGAUCCGGACAGAGACCAUCCACCGCACCGGCGCCCGGGUCCGGGUGACGGGCCAGAUGAAGACUGGCCGCCACAUGGCAGCCCGGCACAUCCUGGCGACGGGCCGCACAGAGAUUGGCCACCACCUCGCCGGCCUGGUCAUCCUGGCGAUGGACCGGACAGAGGACACCCGCCGCACCGGCGCCCGGGUUCAGGCGAUGGGCCAGAUGAAGACUGGCCGCCGCAUGGCAGCCCGGCACAUCCUGGCGACGGGCCGCACAGAGAUUGGCCGCCACCUCGCCGGCCUGGUCAUCCUGGCGAUGGACCGGACAGAGGACACUCGCCGCACCGGCGCCCGGGUUCAGGCGAUGGGCCAGAUGAAGACUGGCCGCCGCAUGGCAGCCCGGCACAUCCUGGCGACGGGCCGCACAGAGAUUGGCCGCCACCUCGCCGGCCCGGUCAUCCUGGCGAUGGGCCGGAUGAGGACUGGCCGCCACAUGGCCGCCCGACACAUCCUGGCGAUGGACCGGACAGAGAGUGGCCGCCGCGCCGUCGUCCGGGCCAUCCUGGCAAUGGGCCAGACAGAGAACAGCCUCCGCGCCAGCGCCCAGUUCCAGGUGACGGACCGGAUAGAGAUUGGCCUCCUCAUCGGCGCCCCGAUCACAAACCACAUCAUCCAGGCAACGGACCAGGCGGACCUCUUUUUCAUUUCCUCCCGAUUGAUGGACAUCAUAUGCCAUCUUAUGCCCCUCCAAAAAGCCAUAGGGCUAGAAAUGCGGUGUUUUUGACUAUAGCGCUUGCUUUCAUCUUGGUGGUUGCGUUACUGCGUAAGCGCCGAACAGCCAGGUGCAGUCGACUUUGCGCCGAGCGGCGGGCUGCGCGUCGUCAAAGCUGCCGCGAUUUCUUUGGCAGGUGGUCCUAUGGACGGCGCCAACUCCCUGUCUAUGAGGACGAGAAGGCCGCCAUGCUGCAUGACGAAGGCUUUGAGCAUGAUGAGGGUACGUUGGCGCAAGAAAUCGCGUCCUUCCGUGUCGCAGCCGAGUUGGUGGAUAGCAUGGUCGCUGCCGAGGAGGGGCGCGCUCUCACGCAGCACAAGUCGAUGCCGCCACCACCGAGUCCGAAUGCCAGUUUUGCCCACAUAAUGUCCUCGGUCGAGAGCAAUACCGAAGAUCCGCCAGCCUAUGAGUUCAGCCAGGGCGAGCUAGACGGACAAGUUGUUGCCGAUGGACUCCAGUAUAUGCCCAGCAGCAUCGUGAAUUCCGGAGGCGGCGACGAGAAGAUCUUGGGUGACGCCAGGGAAUAGAAGUUCCGAUAUCAUCCGCCACGUGCGAUCAUAUCCCUUCAUUUAUUUACUUUUUUCCUACAUUCUAUUCUCAUUUUUUUAUUUCUUAUUUCUUGAUUACGGUCGCUGUUUUGGCGCCAUGGGCACAGCCUAUUGUUCGAGUAGGGUUCACAUCCGUUAUUGUUUAGCCCAGUUUCCGU